GCUUCAUUGUAUUUAUUAUUGCUUGAGGCAAGUUUCCAACAAUUGUUGAUGGUUUUCCGUAAGAUAUAGCCAUGUCUAACGUUUUAGAUGAUGGGAAAGGUGACGCAGAUCCCUGCCCUCUUCAGUACUGUGAUUUUAAAAUGGUCGAUCACAAAAGCAUGUGCCCAUUCUAUACGUCUUUGUUGACACGCUCGGCGGAUCAAGGAUUAAACCCGGAAGACCUUCACUUGCUUCAAAGUGACCUAGAAACACUUCUAGCCGGUGCCAAUCGGCGAAUUAGGCAGAUAGACUCCGAAACUAAAUUAUUGAUUGAUUGGGCUGAGAAAAAAGAUAAAAAGAGUGUGCGACAACGCGAGUUGGAGAUUCUUAAUUCCUUAGGCUCUUUGAAAAGAAGUCGACCCGCAACAGAGGAAAAAGGAGCAAAGAAACAGAAAUUAGAAGAGUCAAGAAGCACCAGUCCAGGAGCCCAGUUGGUGGGGAGACCAAAAAGUAAACAUUCGGCUUCUUCUGAAGGUAGUCAGGAAGAUGAAACAUUUCCCCCAAGUGUGAAAACAAAGACAGAUACUCCCAACCGCUUCUGGGCUGCUGUUGAACCGUAUUGUGCUGAUAUCACAGUUGAAGAUCAGAAAUUUCUUGAAGAAUCCUUGAAAAUUCCAGAUGAUGAACAAGAAUAUUAUAAAGUCCCACCCUUAGGAAGACACUAUGGAGAGAAAUGGGCUCAAGAGGACCUGCUUGAAGAGCAAGAAGAAGGUUCAAGGAUACAUGAUAAAAAAUUGCGUGGUACUUUAACAAACGCUACCAGUGAAAACACAAAUAAAGUAAUUGGUGAAAAAUCUUUGUUGAAAAAGGCAGACACCACUGGACUUCAUGAGGAAGAUUUGUGUCCAUUUGGCUCUCUGACACAAAGAUUAGUAUCAGCUUUGAUUGAAGAAAAUAUUAUAGCACCAAUUCCUGAGCAAAACUCAGGAUCUGGAAGUUCUGAUAGUGCAAUGACAAGAAGUGGCAACAACCCCCCUCGCACGCCUAGUAAGGCACCCCAUGUACCUCAUACCCGAACUUUAGAGGCACGUGUUAGAGAAGAACUAGUUUUUCAAGGGUUGCUAGAUGCAGAAGAUCAGGCAGAUGAAGAGGUGGAUGAUGAGGUCUUGGCUGAGCUUAAACGCCAUCAGAAUGAACUGCGUGUCUUGAUUGCAAAGAACAGACAACAGAAAUCAGAGCUUUCAAAAUUAACACAGGAGGAAAUGAGAAGACAGGAGCUUAAGCACAGAGCACAGGUUGCAGAUGCUGAAGUAAUGGAAUGGUUCAGAAAAAUGAUGGCAUAUAAACAGAAAAGAAAGUCACCAACCAAAAAGGAGAAGGAGGCAGCAUGGAAGGCCCUAAGAGAAAGGGAGGCAAUCCUUAGAGUGCUUGGCAACUCGUGAGUCUAACAUUUGGAAAAGUUUUCUCUUAACUAUGGAGGGAGUUCUCUUUUUCUUACUUUGCAAGUAGUAUAAGUAUUGACCCAGUCAUUAAACCUAUUAAAUACAUGUCUUAAGAUCAAGAAAAUUAUACACUUAAGUAGAAUAAAGGGGGUAGGUUUCUCAAAAAACCAUGGUGCUGUGUCAGUGGGAGAGUUUAACAGGGUAAUUUAGUAUUAUCAACUGAGUUGACAAUGUAAAUUAGCCACUGUGAAGAGUUACAAAGCUGACAUUUCGACCAUCAGCCCUUCUCUCAAACAAUGCUUGAAACCUUCAGCUUUGUAACUCUUUACUGUGGCUUGAGUAGAAUGUUAACAGUUAUGUUUUCAUCCACAUGAACACAUUUUUGUUCAAAAGCAAAUACUUUUUGCUGUUAUUGGCCUAUCAUCCACACUAAGAUGCCCAAAACACUGAUGAAAAUAGACCCUUUCUAAACAGUUUCAAGCAGUUGAUUGUAUUGAAAUGCAUCACUCUCUCUCUUCUGUGAAAUAGUGAACAUGAGGGAUUUUGAAAACAGUGACAAAAGAUGUGUCCAAUGUUGUUUCAAUUAGCUUUUUUGGGUGUUGAAGUGAUGAUGAUAGGUAACAGCACAUCAAAGCUAAUUGUUCCCAAAUGAAUAAGCAAGAGUGAGGACAUGUGAAAGCAACCAAAUAAAAGUGCUCGUAGGGGAAAACUAUUUAGCUUUGUCUCAGUAGAGACUAAAAUGGAUUCUUUAAAAAGCAGAUCAGUAUAUUUGGGGCCUAAAAUUGAGUGGCACAAAGUGAUCUCUCAUGAAGGACACUCAUGAACAUUUAACCUGAUGUGCAGUGGUAGUUAAAUCACUCCUUGGGUUUUUAUCAAUAGAUCUAGGGC